ACCCCCAAUUGGCACUUGGUCUCAUCCCACGUGGGUCUCUUCUGUAGACCAGGAAGUGCCGAGUCCGACUUCUACAAAUGACAACAAACAUUAAUCACUAAAACAGUUGCAAUCUGUACGAUUGUGGCAUUAUUUCGCUAAUUGUGUAACAGUUUUGUAUCUCACGUGUUCUAUAUCGUAUUGCAGCUAUGUCGGAAGAGGUUUCCUGUUUGAAGUCACGAUUUAUGGAAACACAGAUCGUUGCAUUGAAUGAUAAAUUGGCCCCAAUAGGAAAGGUCUACAGCUGCAGGAGAAAGUGACAACACUUCCACCUCUGAAACCCAAGGCAGCCCUGUCCAAUGAAGACAUCAUGCGCUACAGCAGACAGCUUCUGCUGCCAGAGCUGGGUGUACAAGGCAGGCCAGCUGAAUCUCCCAGACAUCAGUGCUGGUUGUAGGGUGUAGAGGACUAGGCUUCCCCCUCACAGUAUCUAGCUGCAGCAGGAAUCGGGCGUGUGGGUCUGCUGGACUAUGACGAGGUUGAGCUGAGUAACCUGCACAGACAGGUGCUCCAUGGUGAGGACAGCCAGGGCCAGGCCAAGGCCCAGUUUGCUGCCCAUGUUGUCAGGUUGAACUCCACAGUAGAAUAAUUCCCUACCUUCCAGCUCUCUCCAGAGAACACCUCACAGCUCAUCCAACACUUCCUGUGGCCAACAGCUGUUGAUGUUUGACGCCCAGGAUGCCAAGUUCCGAUCCAUCAGGCUGCGGACCAAGCAGGCCAGCUGUGCUGUGUGUGGAGAGAACUCCCACUGUCACACACUUAGUGGACUAUGAGAAGUUCUGUGGGUCUGCUGCCACAGAUAAGGUCAGGGGUUACUGAAAAGAGGGCACUGUGGGCAAAGCAUUGAUCUUUCAUAUUCAUUGUUAAGGGGUUAGCAUUUUAAAGUAAAGGGGGUAGCAUUUUAAAGUAAAGGGGAUUUUAAAUUAAAUCUGAAUUGGCAAAAGUGUUAUCACUCACCUUUAAACCCCUUAGCAAAUACACAUAGCGUAUGGAAUGUUGUUGGGCCAGGAAAAUGUGCUCAUUAUCUAUAAUUCAGAUAAAUAGCAGAGAUAUACGCUGAAUGUCAAAAGGAGUUUUCUGUACUUUACUGCACUACAAAAGCUAAAUAACAUUCCCAUUUUCCAUUAAUUAUAGGAAAAUGUUGUUUAAGUGUUGGCUUUGAAUAUAUUUACCUAAUAUUUUCUGGGUUUUCUUUCAGUGUCGAAAACUAAACCUUCUCUCCAAAGACCAGAGGGUAUCCGUGCAGCUAGAGUAUAGUCCGUGACUUUCUGUUUUUUGACGAUUAUUGCAUGAUUACCAAUGCUUGACUUGGGCCAAACCUCAAAUGUUCUACUGCUUGAGCUCCUGUUCCUCUUAUAGAAUAUUAGCUCAAAAGUAUUGUGGAGCUCCUGCACCUAAAUGGAAACAGUACCAGCACCCAAAAUAAGUAUCGUCACCUAUUUCAGUCCAAGUCAAUGACUGAUGAUUACACUUGAUUUGAUUUUCUGUGAUUCUGGGUUCAUAAACCCAGAUUAAAUCUAAACGCUGACCCAACCCUAAAUGGGAAAUGACUAAAACGUGAUUGUACGUAUUCUACGGAAAAUAAUAACCUUUUUUUUUUUGUUGGCGCUGACAGAAAUGGUUGUUUGGAUUUCUGCUAAAUUACAGCUUUCAAAAGAAUUGAGCCAUUAAGAGAAAGGAGAUGAAGAUCGUGAUUGAUUGGCCUAUAAUAGUGAUUGUGCAAGGCCUGGAGUCGGGAAAACGUUUUAUUUCCUAUAAUUGAAAUAAUGUGACAAAACGUUAAGCUUACUCCACCCAACUCAACAACAAAAAAAGGCAACCAGUUGCACUAUGCAUGUAGUUAUAGAAAAGUUAUUCUCCAAAGCAGUUUGUCAUCUUUGUGUCAUCUCACAGAAAACUAGCAACUUCAAUUCUGAUGUCGCAGACCUUUAAACCUGACAUUGUCAUUAACAAAGUGAAGUGUUGUAGGUGACCAUUGACAAACAUUAGAAUUUCUCCUUUCUAUUGCCAGGAGAAUAAAGCUAUAGUGGACAACACGGCUGCUCAUCUCCUGCUGGACGUACGCCCUCUAGUGGAGGUGGAUAUAUGUUACCUGCCCACCUCCCUCAGUAUCCUUCUGCUGGCUGAAUACCCUCCGGGCAUUGUACUCCAUUAACUAUAUACAAUUAGCAAGAUAUGGAGUUAGUUAGGAGGAUAUUAAUACUUCUUUCCAUUAAUUACAUCUGUCAUCACUGUGUUUUCAUAGCUGUUCUGAUCUGAAUUAGUAAUCAAAUAAUUGUCCUCAAUUCAAUGGUAAAAUGAUUUAUUUCCGUAUAUCAUUGCUAGACAUUCCUCUCUCCUGUUUAGAGAACAGCAACAGUGAACACAUCCAUGUGCUGAAGGAGAGAAUUGGCCAAGUGAAAGAGCAGAUGUCGAGUGCAUCCCAGGUCCCAUGUAACAUGACUGAUCUGGUCUCCAUCUAGCUCCGCAGGUCACAACAUGCAGAGCCUCUUCAAUGGCUAGGCUUAUGGAGCGGCUCCAUAUUCACUGAACAAACAGGAGUCAUUUGAGUGCUAAUUAAGUCUGUGUAGCCUUGUCCUGCGAGGGUAUUCGCUUAUUUUGGACAGCCAAUGACGGGGGUUGAUGGAGUUGCUAGGUGAUCCUUUUUCCAAUACAAAAAUAUACCGUCAUCGGUCUCUUUUUAUUGAAUAUUCAUCAUGGUCUUUAUUUCAGCAGAGUGUAUUACCAGCAAACCUGUGUAUAUGUGGCUAUUAAUGAGCUCUUUUAAUGGCCAAUUUCUGGGAAACACUCUGUUCUGUAAACAGUUGACACAAUUUAGUUGAACUGGUACACAUGACACCCUUUUAAGUUUCAAGAGUGAAAGAAGUCAUAUCAUGUUCAUAACACACCUAAUAGUGAAUAUGAAUUAAAAUACCAUGCAAUAGCUCUGCUUCUGGCCAAGCAUCAAACAAAGAAUAUUCCCUACCCAUUUUAUUCAUUCAACUCACGUAGUCUCGCAUAGCCAGCCAGACGUCGUAAUCUUGUGAGAAGCCAGGAAAUGGAAGCUGCUACUACUCAUUUUGAUUCGUUUGUGUUUCCCUGCUGCAGUUUAUGUGAUCUGUAAGCUGGGUAAUGACUCCCAGAAGGCAGUUCAGGUCUUGGAGAGAAUGUCAGGUUCUGAGGUGGACUGUGUCACUGCGAAGAACAUCUGUGGGGGACUGAUGGCCUGGGCCCAGAAGAUAGACCCCUCUUUCCCUCAGUAUUGACUCAACGUCACAGGUUCCACACUGAGGUUUCAUCACGGAAAGCUUAAAGAUCAUUUUUUGGAGAAGUUUAUGCUGUCCACUGGCCAUGAAUCCAACGACGCCUUUUGAAGAAAGUGGAGGUUUCCUGUGGCCAGGGCAGAUAUGUGACUCUAGUACUGUGAGGGGACACCAUUCAAGAACAUGAAGUUUGGAAUGGUGACCGCCUCUUGCAGUGAGCGUUGGGGAAUCGAUCGAGGACGACUGGAGCAUCCACAGUAUCUCAGCAGUGCAAACUGCACACAUCUCUUGCCUUAGAGAGAGAGCUAAAGCCAUUUAGUGGAAUCAUCAGGCUUUGUCCGUGAAUUGAUUGCCAGGCAUCUGAGAAGUCACUGGGGAUGAAAGUUUGACUAUUGGCUAACAGUGCUCGUGAUACUUUGAAGACCUUGCAUUUCAUGUCUCCUAGAAUGAGGCUUGAGUGUUUCUUCAGACUUGUGUCUGUUCUUAGUAGUUCAGUGGUGCCUGAUUUAAAAAGGCAUCACUGACGGUUACAAUACUUUACAUUUUGCAUCAUCAUCUCUGCCAUUGGAAGAAACCCAAUGUCUGCCUGCAGCAGCUCAGCUCCUCCGUCCUUUCCCAAAGCCUACCUCCACUCACAAAUCCCAGCCGUGCCUCUGACCCCCUCACCAUCGCCGAGCCCCCCGGGACCCCUCUACAGCCGCCUGUCCAACGGGAGUCACGGGAGUCACACUCACAGCGCUCCCAGCCCCACUAACUCCCGCAGCUCCUUCCAUGGAGUGUCCUUCCUCCUCCAGAUUGGCCUGACCAGAGAGAUGGUGAACCUGGAGAACCAUGACAUGUCGCUGUCUGCUGUCAAAGACCUGGUCUGCUCUAUAGUCGACCAAAAGUUCCCAGAGUGUGGCUUCUUUGGCAUGUAUGACAAAAUCCUGCUCUUCCGCCAUGACUUGAACUCUGAGAACAUCCUCCAGAGGCUGACAUCAGCAGAGGAUAUCCACGAGGGAGAUCUGAUAGAGGUGGUGCUCUCUGUUGAUUUGCUUUCCUUUAGUUUUGUUUGCCAUGUUUUUGUUUUAAGUUGUCUCUGGAUUGCAGCUUUAGCCACAGUAGGGGACUUCCAGAUCCGGCCCCAUGCUCUAUAUGUCCACUCCUACAAAGCGCCCACCUUCUGUGACUACUGUGGGGAGAUGCUAUGGGGCCUCGUCCGCCAGGGGCUCAAAUGUGAAGGUUGUGGGCUGAACUAUCACAAGCGCUGUGUCUUCAAGAUCCCCAACAACUGCAGUGGGGUGAGGAAGAGACGUCUGUCCAACGUCUCCCCGCCGGGCCCCUCGCUCUCAGUCCCCCGGCCCCUCCCUGGUCCCACCGAACAUGCUGUGGUCGUCCUGGAGGAGCGCUCCCACCAGGAGGCAGGGAAGAGGAUCCUGUCGUGGAGUGGCCGGCCCAUCUGGAUGGAGAAGAUGGUGCUGGGGCGAGUCAAGGUGCCUCACACCUUCGCCAUCCACACCUACACCCGGCCAACCAUCUGUCAGUACUGCAAACGGCUGCUCAAGGGCCUGUUCCGCCAGGGCAUGCAGUGCAAAGAUUGUAAAUUCAAUUGCCAUAAGCGGUGUGCAUCAAAGGUACCAAGAGACUGCUUGGGCGAGGUUUCCUUCAAUGGAGAGCCUGCCAGCCCGGGACCUGACUCUGACAGUACCAUGGAGGUGGAUAGUAGUGAUGUGGAGAGCACCAGAGGACUACUGGAUGACUCUGAGGAACCUUCAAACCCAGAACACAAGAUGUUCUACAUAGACUCUCCUUUCCUGGACCGCGAGAAGGACGAGGAGCCGAUCAAGACCAUCAGCCCAUCCACCAGCAGUAACAUCCCUCUGAUGCGGGUGGUCCAGUCCAUCAAACAGACCAAGAGGAGGAGCUCCACCAUGGUGAGGGAGGGCUGGAUGGUCCACUACACCAGCAGAGACAACCUGAGGAAGAGACACUACUGGAGGCUGGACACCAAGAGCCUCAGCCUGUUCCAGAACGACACUGGAGCCAAGUUUUAUAAGGAGAUCCCUCUCUCAGAGAUCCUGCAGGUGGAACAGUCGAGGGACCUCAGUAGCCUAGCCCAGGGCAGCAACCCACACUGCUUUGAAAUCAUCACCUCCACCAUGGUCUACUACGUUGGGGAGAACAACGGGGGCCAAUACCACAGCCCCGCGCUGACAGCCUCAGGGGUGGGCAUGGAGGUGGCCCAGGGCUGGGAGAAGGCCAUCCGUCAGGCCCUGAUGCCUGCCACACCCCAGCCCAGUGUGGCCACCGUAGCCAGGCAGGGGAAGGACCACAAACAAGAGGUGUCUAUCAGCAUAUCUGUGUCCAACUGCCAGAUACAGGAGAAUGUGGAUAUCAGCUCUGUAUACCAGAUCUUCUCUGAUGAGGUGCUAGGAUCUGGACAGUUUGGGAUUGUGUAUGGAGGGAAACACAGAAAGACUGGAAGAGAUGUGGCAAUCAAGGUGAUUGACAAGAUGAGGUUUCCUACCAAGCAGGAGAGCCAACUGAGGAACGAAGUGGCCAUUCUCCAGAACCUUCACCAUCCUGGCAUCGUCAACCUGGAGUGUAUGUUCGAGACGCCUGAGAGGGUGUUUGUUGUCAUGGAGAAGCUCCAUGGAGACAUGCUGGAAAUGAUCCUGUCCAGUGAGAAGAGCAAGCUCCCAGAACGCAUCACCAAGUUCCUGGUCACACAGAUCCUGGUGGCUUUGAGACAUCUGCAUUUCAAGAACAUUGUCCACUGUGACCUGAAGCCCGAGAAUGUGCUGCUGGCCUCAGCAGAGCCCUUCCCGCAGGUUAAACUGUGUGACUUUGGCUUUGCCCGUAUCAUCGGUGAGAAGUCGUUCAGGCGUUCGGUGGUGGGUACUCCGGCCUACCUGGCCCCAGAGGUGCUGCGUAGUAAGGGAUACAACCGCUCCUUGGACAUGUGGUCAGUGGGGGUCAUCGUUUACGUCAGCCUCAGCGGGACAUUCCCCUUCAACGAGGACGAGGACAUUAACGACCAGAUCCAGAACGCUGCCUUCAUGUACCCACCCCAGCCAUGGAAGGAGAUCUCUGCAGACGCUACAGAUCUCAUUAACAACCUCCUACAAGUGAAGAUGAGGAAGCGGUACAGUGUGGACAAGUCCCUCAGCCAUCCUUGGCUACAGGACUACCAGACGUGGCUGGACCUCAGGGAGUUUGAGACACGGUGUGGCGAGCGUUACAUCACCCACGAGAGUGACGAUGUGCGCUGGGAGGAGCAUGCAGACGAGCAUAGCCUGGUCCACCCUAAACACUUCAUUAUGGCGCCCAACCUGGACGAUAUGGAGGAGGGCCCCUAGUGGCCAAGAAGCCAUGUUACAGGUUACAGGUGUGGCCAAGAGGAAAACGUCAGGAACCUCUGCAGGUUCUUGACCUUUGGAAGCAUUCCCUCUAAAACUGGUUGGGAAAGGGUCAGACACCCCUGUGCAGGGACCGUGUGACAGAGGAUUCUGACCCAAGACUCUGUGGUUAGACAUACUGCCACAGGGGGCAGACAGGUGGCUCUGUGGAGGCCCCUGUUUCUUUAGGACACCGCAGUGGAACCAAAAACUUUGGGAGAAAGACAUUUCUUGUUUUUUGGUUUUUUUUUUUCUUAUCUUGUAGAAUCAUUCCAGCUCAACUUCAUUGGUCCUUUUGGGAAAUACAUCAUUAUUACAAACCAAAGGACAAUUAAAGUUGAAGGGAUAUCAUUUCCUCAACAUUAGGAGUGAGUAAUGGUAUGCCAUUCUACCUGUGAAGGGCUUACAGAGUAGUGAGCUUAAAGGGCACUUAUCACAAGGGAUUUGUAUCCACAGAAAGAUUGGAAUGCGUAGGUAUUUGCAAACACAACUUUGUGCUUAUUCCAAGACAGUUUUGAAACCAUGUCCUUAGACGGUAUGAAACUGGAACUAUCAUUUGUAUGUAGAUGUUGUACUUUAUUAAUGGGAGGUAGAUUUUUGCACUAUACUACCAUCAAGCCUAACAAUUUGAAGUUUAAAAGUUAAAGCUGCUACAUCAGGUUCCCUAGAGAAAAUGACAGAAAGUGUUGACUGACACAUAACUUAAAGAUUGUGCUAAGAGCUUGAUACAGUAAUGCCUAGGUGAGUAGCAUAGAGAUUGUGAAAAUGGCUGCAAUACAAAGCCUUUAGUAGAGCACCUGUCAUAAACAGUGAGCAAGUAAAUCAAAAGGCGCAGGGACCAAAGACUGAAUCCAGCUAAUUGAUAUUAUUCAUCUUCAAUUUCCCUGUCUUCUCAUGACCAAUAACUCAUCUGUUUUUCUAAUGGCUGUCUUAUCAUUGUGGUUCACUCUACUUCGUUGUCUAGAAAGUGGCUUGACUAUUGUACAUAAGGUGAAUGCACCAAUUUGUAAGUCGCUCUGGAUAAGAGCGUCUGCUAAAUGACUUAAAUGUAAAUGUAAAUGUACAUUCCAAGCAGGGUUCGAGCCAAACCUGGUGAUGGGGCCACUACCCCUCAAGGUAUUACAGUAGCUAUCUACAGUUGAAGUCGGAAGUUUACAUACACCUAUGUUCGGAGUCUUUAAAACUCCUUUUUUCAACCACUCCACAAAUUUCUUGUUAACAAACUAUAGUUUUGGCAAGUCGGUUAGGACAUCUACUUUGUGCAUGACACAAGUAAUUUUUUCAACAAUUGUUUACAGACAGAUUAUUUCACUUAUAAUUCACUGUAUCACAUUUCCAGUGGGUCAGAAGUUUACAUACACUAAGUUGACUGUGCCUUUAAACAGCUUGGGAAAUUCCAGAAAAUUAUGUCAUGGCUUUAGAAGCUUCUGAUAGGCUAAUUGACAUAAUUUGUGUCAAUUGGAGGUGUACCUGUGGAUGUAUUUCAAGGCCUACCUUCAAACUCAGUGCUUCUUUGCUUGACAUCAUGGGAAAAUCAAAAGAAAUCAGCCAAGACCUCAGAAGAAAAUUGUAUAAACACCAUGGGACCACGCAGCCGUCAUACCACUCAGGAAGGAGACGCGUUCUGUCUCCUAGAGAUACUUUGGUGUGAAAAGUACAAAUCAGUCCCAGAACAACAGCAAAGGACAUUGUGAAGAUGCUGGAGGGAACAGGUACAAAAGUAUCUAUAUCCACAGUAAAACGAGUCCUAUAUCGACAUAACCUUAAAGGCCACUCAGCAAGGAAGAAGCCACUGCUCCUAAUCCGCCAUAAAAAAGCCAGACUACGGUUUGCAACUGCACAUGGGGACAAAGACCGUACUUUUUGGAGAAAUGUCCUCUAGUCUGAUGAAACAAAACUGUUUGGCCAUAAUGACCAUUGUUAUGUUUGGAGGAAAAAGGGGGAGGCUUGCAAGCUGAAGAACACCAUCCCAACCAUGAAGCACAGGGGUGGCAGCAUCAUGUUGUGGGGGUGCUUUGCUGCAAGAGGUACUGGUGCACUUCAAAAUAGAUGGCAUCAUGAGGGAGGAAAAUUAUGUGGAUAUAUUGAAGCAACAUCUUAAGACAUCAGUCAGGAAGUUAAAAAGCUUGGUCGCAAAUGGGUCUUCCAUAUGGACAAUGACCCCAAGCAUACUUCCAAAGUUGUGGGAAAAUGGCUUAUGGACAACAAAGUCAAGGUAUUGACAUCACAAAGCCCUGACCUCAAUCCCAUCGAAAAAUUGUGGGCAGAACUGAAAAAGUGUGUGCGAGCAAGGAGGCCUACAAACCUGACUCAGUUACACCAGCUCUGACACCAGCUCUGUCAGGAGGAAUGGGUCAGAAUUCACCCAACUUCUUGUGGGAAGCUUGUGGAAGGCUACCCAAAACGUUUUACCCUCGUUAAACAAUUUAAAGGCAAUGCUACCAAAUACUAAUUGAGUGUAUGUAAACUUCUGACCCACUGGGAAUGUGAUGAAAUAAAUAAAAGCUGAAAUAAAUAGUUCUCUAGACUAUUAUUCUGACAUUUCACAUUCUUAAAAUAAAGUGGUGAUCCUAACUGACCUAAAACAGGGAAUUUUUUACUUUAAAUGUCAGGAAUUGUGAAAAACUGAGUUUAAAUGUAUUUGGCUCAGGUGUAUAUAAACUUCCUACUUCAACUGUAUGUGAAAGAGGCUUGGCUGUACCAACAACAAUGAUCUCAAUACAGGAGCUCAUCAUGGGACCAAGCAUGGGUUCAAGUUAUACAUGCUUGGUACAAGAAGGCUUAUACCAAGCAUGGGUUCAAGGUAUACACCAUUGCUCUAUUUUUUUUCAUUUGAAUUUGUGAAGCAAAUUGAGAGACGAGAAACACAUUUUACUCUUUGGUGAGUGUCUGACAGUGUAUGGAAAGAAUAGCCUAUACAAAACAUAUUUGUACUGUGUUUUUCUCCAAAAUGUUCGAGAUUGUUUAAUUUCUUUACAUUUUCAUGGAGUUGAUUUUGAAUAUCAGUUAAAACACCCUUACUUCUGGAAUAUUUAAAGUGCACUGGGCUGUUCGUGUCUCUAACAUUCCUGUACUGCUUUUAAGUAUGUUAAGUAUGAAAGGAUGUUUCACCUAACAUUCAGUUAUGAUGACCAUUAACUACAGUUCAAUGCCUGUGUCCAUUUCAAACAGUCCCUAGACAAACAUGUAGCUUAAAGCCUAUGGCGUUGGAAUGGGCUUUUAACUGGGAGCAUAGAUCCUGGUUCAGGCCCUAACAGAGUUAUUUGGGGAGAAUGUAGGUGGAUCUUUUCCCAUUCUCCUGUUCCUGUCUGUGUUGCCGCUGGAUUGGCAGGUGUCAGUGUUUUUGUAUAUUUUAGUACAUACAAAUUUAAUAAAAAACUCUACUUCUUUUA